AUGGUCUUUUUCAGAAGCGCAAUCGAGUCCCCAGUCUUAAAAACCUUUCGCGAGCUGCGUAUUCAAUCAGAAGAGGAAUUCUCUACUCCGACCAAAACUCUUGCUGUCUCGGACAAUGUCAAGGCGAUCUUCAGAAAGGCUAAUGCUACGGAUCCUACCAAGGCGGGACGGGAUUGGGUCCAUGUCGUGGUUGGGGUUUUCAAGUCUAUCCUUCGGGUUUCGUUUAGGUUGCGGUCAAAGAACAGAGGUCUCGUGGUAUUAGAACGUAUUGGACACGACAAAAGCGGUGGUCUUGAUAUCUUUCCGGUCAGCAUCAAAGCAGUCAAGGGCGCACUGCGAAGCGAACAAGGUUCAAAGAAGGAUAAAUCCAAGGUGCCAACAUCAUCUCGCGCAUCCACUCGCCCGUCUCCCCACGCUCUGUCGACGUCCAUUUCCGGUAUCAUGACUGCGCACGUCCAACGGCCGCAGGACCCCAUUCUGCUGGUUCUUUUCAGGGCAAAUCCUGCACGCGGGAUCCAGGCGCGCGGGCUCGGCGAGUGCAUGAGCCUGCUGACGACGGCGAAGCUGCUUCUCCCUGGCUCGGAUCCCGCGUAUUUGAGGGAAAUCUGCGGGAUCACGCCCCUGGUGGAAGCUACGAAAUGUGAGGACGUUGCAAUUGACGGGGACACUGAGAUUGUCCGUGAUGAUGAAGAUGAUGAAGACGGGGACGAGGUUGAGGACGAGCAAGACAAAGCUGUCAUGCGUCCAGAGAUCCAAAUUUCGAGACUCUUUUCUUUGGCGGAUCCACAUAGUGAUGUGCUUCGAGCACAAAACUCUCCCAGCGACAAUGUGGGCACUCAUGCCAUUGAGCGUCCGCCCAUUCCUAAGGAUAAAAAUAUCAGAAACCUGCGUCUUUCCCAAGAAGAAUACGACCGAGCGCAAUCUCGCAAACGUGACACAUCCUCGUCGACGGGCGGAAAUUUCCUUGAAGAUGGAGAGGACGCGCUCGUGCUCGAAAUUGUGGCAGAGUUUGAUGACAUCAAGGAGUUUUUCAAAGAAGUCAAUGCGUCAUCGCAAGACUGGAUCGAGAUGCCGUUCAGCAUCUUUGAUUCGUUAUGGUGGAUCAUGGAGAGGCUAGAAAAAAUCAUCAGGGUACCUGUGGCUUACUGGGUCCUGUCGCAAGCCGAGGCUCUCACGCAGGACAUGAUGAAUAGAUUGAUCGGAGAACAGAUGGACGCUUACCUGAGUAAUCUCAGGGACGCUGUCAUUGUUGCAUUGAGUGGUGAAACCGGACUCAAGGAAGGAGAAUGGGAAAAAAUCGCAGACAGCAUUUCCGUUCUGAGUAGGGACGUACAGGACAGCUAUGUGAAAUACGACGUUCAAGAUGCAGAUGUCAUCUCAAGAAUCCACUCGCCCAUGUCGCCUCGCUCAGUCGAUGUCCACUUCAUAUUCCACUAUCGCAUGCACUACAAGCAUGUCGCGUGGUAUUAUUCCCUCGGCUUCCGUGUCAACGACAAGCCCAUCAGCUGUAUCACCUCUCACCCUGUCCAGGAUGUCCAGCACCCGCACCGCACCGACGGCUGGACUCCCUUUGACUGGUUCUCCCUAGACAAGCGCAGGAACGAGAGCAGUCAGUGCUCCAUUACGAGGGCCGACCUAAAGCGCGUACACGACGCUCUGUUUGGGCAGGAUUCCGAAGCAGGUGGGCUCGGCGCGCGGGUGAGCCUGCGGACGACGGCUGAGCUGAUACUCGCGAGCGUCGGCAUUGCGUUUGAGAUCGCAAUGAACGAGGAAGAGGCAGCGCGCGGCGACGACGGGUACAUGGGCAACGAUGGCGAGCAACAUGCGGCGUUAUCUCUGGAGAGCGAGAAGCCGGGAUUCAGUGCCGCCCAUCUGAGAAAAAUCUGUGGUAUUUUGCCAUUGGCUGGUGACGACAUAUCUGAUAGAACGAAGGUGCAAGUAUCCAUGAUGAACAAUUUCGAUCACGCCGAUGAAUGGGAGGAUUAUCCGGACUCGGACGAUUCUGCCUGGGAAGACGAGCGUUCAGAUGAUGAUCGUUCAGUGGACGACGAGGAGGAUAACUACUGA